AUGGAGUCAUCUUUCCCAUUUGGAGUGAUCCUUGCUGUCCUGGCGUCCCUCAUCAUUGCUGCUAAUGCACUAGUGGCCGUGGCUGAGCUGUUGUUGAUCCACAGGAAUGAUGGCGUUAGUCUUUGCUUCACCUUGAAUCUGGCUGUGGCUGACACCUUGCUUGGCGUGGCGAUUUCUGGCCUAGUCACUGACCAGCUCUCCAACCCAGCUCGGCCCACACAGAAGACCCUGUGCAGUCUUCGGAUGGCAUUUGUCACUUCCUCCGCAGCUGCUUCUGUCCUCACAGUCAUGCUGAUUGCCUCUGACAGGUACCUUGCCAUCAAGCAGCCUCUCCGCUACUUCCAGAUCAUGAAUGGGUUUGUGGCUGGAGCCUGCAUUGCUGGGCUGUGGUUGGUGUCUUACGUCAUUGGCUUCCUCCCACUUGGAGUCCCCAUAUUCCAGCAGACCACCUACCAGGGGCCCUGCAGCUUCUUCGCUGUGUUUCACCCGCGCUUUGUGCUGACACUCUCCUGCGCUGGCUUCUUCCCAGCCCUGCUCCUUUUUGUGUUCUUCUACUGUGACAUGCUCAAGAUUGCCUCUAUGCACAGCCAACAGAUCCGGAAGAUGGAACAUGCAGGAGCCACAGCUGGAGCUUACCGGCCCCCACGGACUCCCAGCGACUUCAAGGCUGUCCGCACUGUGGCUGUUCUCAUUGGGAGCUUCACUCUGUCCUGGACCCCAUUCCUUAUCACUGGCAUUGUGCAGGUGGCCUGCCAAGAGUGCCACCUCUAUUUAGUACUGGAACGGUACCUGUGGCUGCUUGGUGUGGGCAACUCCCUGCUCAACCCACUCAUCUACGCCUAUUGGCAGAAGGAGGUGCGGCAGCAGCUCUACCAGAUGGCCCUGGGAGUGAAGAAAGGGCUCGCUUCAUUCUUCCUCCUUUUCUUGGCCAGGGAUGGUGGCCCAGAUGUGUCGAGGGAAAGUUCCUGUCACAUUGCCACUAUCUCUCACCCACAGCUUGAUGGCUAA